GCAUGUGUAAAGUUCUCGUAGAAGUUCUCUCAUUUCAUCACUUAUUUUCCCUAUAAUUCCCCAAUUCAACGAUGAGGAAUGCCACUCUUCUUUCGCCCCUCUCCUUUCGUCGUCCCACGAAUUCGACCACAGCAAUUUUCUUUUCAUAGUACUGCUAUCUACAGAAACCCCGCUCAAAACCACUACGAGACCUUGCAAGUCGCUCCAGAUGCUACACCGGCCGAAAUCAAAAAGUCUUUCUAUGCUCUCAGUAAAGUCCAUCAUCCCGAUCACAACCCCUCCGACCCCUCCGCAUCAAAACGCUUCGUAAAAAUCUCCGAAGCAUGGGCUAUCCUCGGUACUCCAGCCAAGCGACAAGCCUAUGAUCGAGAACACCACAUACAUUCUCAUGCUCACGGCCAUAGUCAUGGAACGGGUCAUCGCCCACCACAAGGUUCCUACUCCUCUAGCGGCCCAGCAGGUGGUAGGCCGGCUAGCGGGCUGAGUAGAAGACGAACCCAGUUUCGUGGGCCGCCGCCUAGUUUCUACAGAAGUGGAGGAUGGGGAGAACACAGUGCGAAAAGACGCGCUGCGCAGGAUAAUGGUGCGCCGGGAGCGGAGGCUCCACCAAAGACAGAAAUGGGUGGAGGGAUGGGGACGGGCCAAAUGCCAUGGGGCCCAGAAGGAGAUAUCCCGCACUUUGAUAAAAGGGCACACACGCAAACACACGAUAACGUGGAUAGAAGGAGGCGACGCCGGAUGAGUGAACACUUCGUUCCAGCGGACCGAGAAAGGAGCACGUUCGCGAAUUUCGUCAUCCUCAGCGCAGUGAUUUCCCUGAGUGUAGCUAUACCAUCGUAUAUUUAUGAUAGAGUGACGAGUGCAGGAAGGCCAAAAAAGAUAUAGUCACAUGAACAUUGAGACAAAAACAGACCAUAGAAUUAUCUAUUUUUGAUGCA